AUGCUUGAGAACCAGGCUGUGACUCCUCAGGUCAAUUAUGAAAGGCCCAACCCGAAGGUCCCACUUGACAUCUGGAAUCUGCAGAUACCUCUCCGAUUCGAGAAGAAAGAUCUUCGCCGUAUCUCUAUUAACAGCUUUGGACGAGCAUAUUCACCCCAAAACAACGCCAACGGCGUUAACGGUACCAGCGGCAUCAACGGCACCAAUGGCGUCCACGGUACCAACCAUAUUGACAGCGGAAAUAGUGUUAAUGGCGCCAAUGGCAUCCAGAAGGCCAAUGGCGUUAAUGGUACCGCCAGUGAUUUCCGCCCCACCGCAGACCGGCCUCGUGUCUUCAUUCUUAGCGGUGCUGAGGAGCAGAGCUGCCACCAGAACGCCGAGCGUCUAACGCAGUACCUGUUGAAAGCCCCGGCCGCUUCCUUGGACGAGUCCGAUGGGCUGCUCGAUCGAUUGGCCAUCACAGUCAACAAGCGCACGGUUCACGAAUACAAUGCUUCCAUCAUCGCCUAUGACCAAGAUGAUUUGGUGGAACAGCUCGAGAUCCUCCAGCAGACGCCUAUCGCGGUCCGCGCACCGUUCAAGGAAGGCGCCCGGGUUGGUUAUGUGUUCGGCGGCCAGGGAGCUCAAUACUAUAACAUGGGUCGAGAGAUGAUCAAGGAUUGGCCAGCGUUCCGCCAGUCUUUGGACCGUGCCAACGCUCAUUUGCAGACGAUGGGCUGCGAGUGGGAUAUUCUGACUGAGUUGAGCCAUGAGAAGGCCGAAGACUCGCACGUGGAUGAGCCAUUGUAUGGUCAGACGCUUUCGACCGUCGUUCAGCUGGCUUUGGUCGACACGCUGGCAUCUCUGGAUUUGACCCCAUCAUCUACUGUGGGCCACUCCAGCGGAGAGAUUGCCGCGGCCUACGCCGUCGGUGCACUUUCUUUUGAAGACGCACUGACCGUGUCAUACCAUCGCGGCCGUCUCACAUCCCAGCUCAUCGGCUCUGGAGUUUCUGGAGGCAUGCUUGCCGUGGGCUUGUCCCCCAAAGUUGCGCAGACGUACAUCGACCAAAUCAAGGCCACUGACGCUUCCGGGGUGAAGAUCGCCUGCUAUAACAGCCCGACAAGUGUGACACUGUCGGGAGGUAACAGCGAUAUCGCGGCAGUCGCAGCUCUACUACAGGAGGACGAUGUUUUCCAUCGUAAGCUCCGGACUCGGGGAGCUGCGUAUCAUUCCCAGAUGAUGCAGGCUAUCGAGGAGGAAUACAAAUCUGCUAUCGCCCACAUCCAGCCACGUCCAUUGGCCGGAAACAUGAUCUCUUCAUUGCACGGGAAGAAAUUGUCGGCCGGUUUGAUUUUGGACGGAGAGUACUGGGCUCGCAACCUUGUCUCUCCCGUUCUCUUUUCCGGAGCUCUGAAAGCCAUGGUACUCGGUGACAAGCAGGACUCACAGCAACAUGACCUCAACGUCGAUCUCCUUCUGGAAGUGGGCCCUCACUCGCAGAUGCAGGGCGCAGUCAAGGAGGUGCUGCAACAGGUGGGAUCAUCGACUCGCGUCCACUACCUGUCGUGUCUGAAGAGGAAGGCCAGUGCAUGCGAAAGCAUGCUGCGCACCGUGGGCGAACUGUUCGCCCUGGGAGCAUCCGUGAACGUCCACCAGGCGAAUGCCGGCUUUGUGACACAGUUGCCAGCGAUGUUGGAUGAUGUGCCGCCGUACGCGUUCAAUCAUGACCAGCGUCAUUGGCACGACAGCCGCAUCUCCCAUGAGUUCACGCACCGUCAGUUCUUGCCGCAUGAGCUGCUGGGCAAUCUGGCGUACGACGUCAAUCCUACGGAGCCUAGGUGGCGUCGGAUCGUGAACUUGAAGGAAAUGCCAUGGCUGCAACAUCACUUGGUGCAGGGCCAAGUGAUCUUUCCCGCCGCCGGAUAUUUGGCCAUGGCCAUGGAGGCGAUGCGUCGCUUCACGGCUUUCAAGGCUGAGACCCAAUCCAAAGCCACUCUUGGCUAUUCGUUCGGCAACUGCAGCUUUGUCAAGGCGCUAGUGCUCCGGGAGGAUGAUACCGACACCGAGAUAUGUCUGUCGCUGCGGCCUGAGACUCAGAGCGCAAAGGGUUCGUGGCAGGAUUGGAAGGAGUUCCGAAUCUUCUCCACAUCCUCUGGCAAUCGCUGGAGUGAGCACUGCCGCGGUCGUAUACGUGUCGUCACAGAUAAUCAAAUGCUCACGGAUUGUCUGAGCAACCCCACCGUCAGUGUUAAGGAGCGCAUCCUCGCAUCCAUUCACCAUCCCAUCACGCCUGUUCGUUUCUACGCCGCCGCGCGCCAGGUCGGGAUGGAGUGGUACGCACCGUUCCAUAACGUGGUCAGCCUAGAAGCUCUGGCUGAUUCGAGCGUGGCCACGAACAAGAUGCCGAGCUUGCUCCCUUCAGCGCAUCCCUUUGGAGAGAAGUCAUAUGUCGUGCAUCCUGGAAUGCUGGACUCCACCCUCUUUCACGGCGUGUGCGCCAGUCUUUUAGUGGAGCGGGAAACGAAGGCGCCUAUGGUGCCCGUUUUCAUCGAACAACUGAGCGUUUCGACCGCUCUGGAAGUGCCGGAAGGCACUGAGCUGCGCACCUUCUCUAUGGCCCAGGAAAAGGGAACCAGCUGGAGCGGGCAGAUCGAGUUGGGUGCACAGCCCAUGAUGAGCUACCAUGGAUUGAGAGUCGCCCAGCUACCCGCCAACGAGAUUUCCUCACGGGCGCUACAGCUGUCACACAGCCCCGAGUGGGUUGGCCAUUUCCCCAGCAUGAACAAGGCGCAAGUCAUUGCCCACUGCACGAAAUCGCUCUCUGCUGGGUCCUCUCGUUACCGUAAUAUCGCCCUCAACGCCGCAGUGCGCGCACACGUGGAGCGGGCCCUUAAGCUGAUCCAGUCGGACCAAGUUGCAGACGGCUUCCAGCGAGUUUGGUAUCAGUGGAUGCAGUCUUUCGCAGCCACAGAACCCGACUCUCCUGAGUUGGUGUGGGAGGCUCGGGUGGUCACGACGUCCGAUCCGAGCGUCUCGUUCGAGGCUGUGAAGCGUAUUGGCGAGAAUCUUGAUAGUCUUUUGACUGGUGUGACGGACUCCCUCUCAAUCUUGACCUUGGAUGAUAUGCUAGGUAAAUUGUAUUCGGAGGAACGAAACAUUCGCUGUUAUCAUCAGAUCAACGCGUAUUGCAAGGCUCUCGGCGUUUACAACCCUUCGCUGCGGGUCCUUGAGGUUGGCGGUGGUACCGCCUCGGCCACACUGCCCUUGUUGCAAGCCCUGUCUCACCAUAGUCAGCCGUUGGUGGCACAGUACGACUUCACGGAUCUCUCGACCGCGUUCUUCCCCGCGGCCCGUGAGCGUCUGGCUCAGUAUGGCAACAUCGUGAAUUACGAAGCAUUUGAUCUGGCCUCCUCUCCUGAUCUUCAAGGGUUUGUGCCCGGAAGCUACGAUGUGGUCAUCGCCUGCAACGUGGUCCACGCUACCCCAAAUAUUGCGUCUUCCUUGGAACACAUCCGCCAACUCCUUCGGCCCGGUGGAACAUUGAUUCUUAUGGAGAUCACCAACCCGGAGCCUUACUAUCAGCUCAUCUUUGGCUCUCUUUCCGGGUGGUGGUCUGGCGUCGACGAAGGGCGAGUGUCGACGGCUGUGCUCUCGGAGGGUGAAUGGAAACAAAAGCUUGAGCAGCAGGGUUUCGAAUCCGACCCCGUCAUUUUGUCCGACUAUGCCAAUGGUGAAGGAGCGACAAUCAGCGUUUUCUUUGCCAAAGCUCCCGUUGAAGCGCAGCCGCCCUUGGAGGAGGUCUCACUCCACUUUACGAGCGGCAUCGUUCCCGAUCCGUCCGGCCUCAGCCUGGGCGUAGUCGCCGAGCAUCUCCGCCAGAGCCCCGGCCUCGGUGUGCGCCAAAUCACGACCGGCGGUCUUGACAGCAUCCCGGACAUUGCGAGCACGAUGGUUGUGGUCGAUCCAGGAGUAUCUGAAGCCCUCGCGGGACGUAUGGACGCGUCGCUAUGGCAGAAUUUCCAGAAGUGCGCUCUGUCCUGCAAAGGUCUGAUUCUGAUCUCUAGGGGCGCGACCGGAGAGACCCUUGUGCCUGAGGGCGCGCUGACCAUUGGCUUCGCCCGGUCGCUGAGGCUGGAACAGCCCGGGAUUCGCUACGUGACGCUCGAUCUCGAUCCCGACACUCCGUACAGUGCCAUUUCCGAGCGCCUGAGCCUGCGGCUGACCAAGCUGUUGACCUCCGAGAUCUUGGAUUUUGGCCGUGGCUCGAUCGGGCUCGACUGCGAGUUCGCGGAGCGCAACGGCCAGCUCUACGUGAACCGGAUGUUCCACAAUGAGCAGCUCGAUCAGAGCAUCGUCCGCGCCACGGCGCGAGCCAAGCCAGAGCAGACAAUAUUUCUGCAGCGCUCGCGUCCGCUACACGUCGAGCUCGGCGUGCCCGGCUUGAUGGAAACAUUCCGGUGGGCGGACGACGUUGAGCAUGCGCGCAGCCUAGCGCCGGACGAGAUCCGCAUCGAGUGUCGCGCGGCCAGCAUCAACUUCCGCGACGUCCUCGUCGCGUCUGGUGAGCUCGGCGCGUCAGCCACCAUGAUGAACGACUGUGCCGGCACGGUGGUGGAGGUCGGCAACAACAUGACAUCGCGAUAUGCCGUGGGUGAUCGUGUCUGCAGCUACUACGCGCAGUCCUACAAUAACUAUCCGAUAGUCGACGGGCUUCACUGUGCACGGAUUCCAGACAACAUCUCGUUCGCACUGGGCGCCUCAUUGCCGAUCGUGUGGGCCACCACCUACCACUCGUUGGUUAACGUGGCCAGGCUGCAGGCGGGCGAGUCCAUCCUAGUCCACGCUGCGGCCGGAGCCGUCGGGCAAGCCGCUGUCAUUCUGGCUAAGCAUCUGGGCGCCGUGGUCUACGCGACCUGCGGAUCGCCAGAGAAACGCGCGCGCCUCGAGAGCCUGGGCGUCCUGCCGGAGCACAUCUUUACCAGCAGAUCCGCCGCGUUCGGGCCGGCUCUUCUGGCCGUGACCAAGAACCAGGGUGUCAAUGUCAUCCUGAACUCCCUGGCCGGUGAUCUGUUCCGCGAGUCGCUGGGCUGUCUUGCGUCCUUUGGUCGCUUCGUUGAGAUCGGCAAAAAGGACUUCCUGGACGACGCGCUAAUGCCGACCAAGUUCCUGCUGCGCAACAUCGCCUUCGCCUGUGUUGAUCUGGUGCAGAUGAUUAACGAAGACAAGAUGCUCGUACACCGCCUGCUCAAGGACGUGAUCGACUUGAUCGCGAGCGACAAACUGACUGAUCAGGUGACUCUUCGGCUGUACAAGAUGGGCGAGAUUGAGUCUGCCUUCCGCCUCAUCUCAGCCGGCAAGCACAUGGGCAAAGUGAUCCUGACGGCGGAUCCAGAGGAGGCCGUUCCGGCGCUGCCAGAGACCCCCCUUCUUCCGGCCUUGCUCCCCGAAGCCACUUACAUCUUGGCAGGUGGCUUUGGAGGCCUAGGAGCCAAGACUUCCGCCGCCAAGGCAUGCAUCGCAGAAAUGCAAAGCCAAGGCGUCAAGGUUCUUGCCAAGGCUUGUGACAUCUCCUCCAAAGAGGCCUUGGAAGCUGUGCUCCGGGAUCUCCGGGCUGUCGAUGGGGCAGGCCCUAUUCGAGGUGUCAUCAACGCCGCGAUGGCGCUUGAGGAUGUGAUGUUCGACCAGAUGGAACAUCGGCAAUGGCAGGCAUCCUUGGCCCCCAAGGUUGCUGGAACCCGCAACUUGGACGAGCUCCUGCCCACCGACAUGGACUUUUUCGUGGUCCUUUCGUCCAUCGCCGGUAUCAUCGGUCACCCGGCGCAGGCCAACUACACCGCUGCCUGUGCGUUCCAAGACGCCUUUAUGCACUAUCGUCGCAGCCGCGGCCAGCACGGGUUUGCGGUCGAUGUCGGCGUUGUCGGUGACGCGGGCUUUGUCAGUGAGUCUCCCGCCGUGUUCGCCAACAUGAAACGGCAGGGGUUUGCCAUUAUCUCUGUGGCCGAACUUCUCGCGACGCUCGACUACGUCUUGGCCGCUCGUGGAGCCGAGUGUCAAGCCGCCAUCGGUCUGAUCCCCGAGACGGGCAUCAAGACGCCUGAGUGGCUCAACCAGCGCCACCUUUCUCACCUAGUGCAGAACUCUGCGCUCUUCGCGGGCGCGGACCUGGAGGGUGGCAAAGGCAGCUCGGACCACAUCGACAAGAUCAGACGCGCCAAGGCGGUCGAAGAGGUAGUGGAGGCAGUCGGCGGCGCGGUGCGGGAAGAGUUGAGCAAAUUGAUCGUCACGCCGGUGGACCGCAUUCUACCCCACCGGACGCUCGACUCGUACGGUGUUGACUCGUUAGUGGCGGUCGAACUCCGGAAUUGGGUCGUCGGCAUGCUGGCGGCUGACGUCUCACUGCUCCUCAUUCGCGAGUCAAGGAGCAUUGAGGCUCUCACCCACUUGGUCGCGAGGGACCGGCAGACAUCUAUCUCCCGCAGCACCUUUCUGGAAGAUUGGGCGCAUCAUACAGUCAGCUCUCGCGGGCUGCACAAUGCAGGAUUCUACCUCGCCGUCGCCAGCGCCACCCCGGCACCCUUGGUAGGAUCUUCGGUCCCAAUGAUGGUUCCUCGGGCCCUUUCAUUUCAGUAUAGCUACCUGGAUGACGUGAAGAUGUACCUAUUGUCUAAGGAUUAUGGCUCCGAGCCGGACCUCGACGAAUUUGAGGGGCGGUACGCCUUUGACGAUUACUGA